AUGGCUGAUGAGAAGACCUUCCGAAUCGGCUUCAUCGUGCUGGGCCUCUUCUUGCUCUCCCUCGGCACAUUCCUUAUGAGCCACGAUCAACCCCAGGUCUAUGGCACUUUCUACGCUAUGGGCAGCAUCAUGGUGAUUGGGGGUGUCAUCUGGAGCAUGUGCCAAUGCUAUCCUAAGAUCACCUUUGUGCCGGCAGACACAGACUUUCAAGGCAUCUUGUCCCCAAAGGCCCUGAGCCUGCUGGAGAGCAGCCUUUCAGAGGUGAAGGGACCCAGUCCCCAACCCCCUUAUGUCAGGCUGUGGGAAGAAGCCGCCUACGAUCAGAGCCUUCCAGACUUCACACACAUCCAAAUGAAGGUCUUGGGCUAUAGUGAGGAUCCCAGGCCCUUGCUGGCCCCGGAGCCGAAGACAGGAGUCAGCAGUGGUGGGGAAGGCGAGCCUCACACUGCUCAGGCCUGGAUGGAAGCUGCAGUAGUUGUCCAUAGGGGUUUGGAUGAGAAGGAGGGAGAAAGACCCGGUACUCAGAGCAGCCCUCCAGCGUGUUCCCAAGGUUCUGCACCCCUGGCGUCAUUCCAAGACGACCUGGACAUGGGCUCCAGUGAAGGCAGCAGCCCUCACCCAUCCCCACCCAACAGAGAGGAGCCACACCCACAGGUGCCCUGGGCCAGCAUGGGUCCACUGGAUCGCUUCAGUGACUUUGCUCUUAUUGAUGACACCCCAACAUCAGAGGACAUGGUCCUGGAGGGGCAGGUGCAGAAGGCAGCUCUGCCCAGCAAGCAGCAGUGGUCCCUGAGGAUGAAGGAGAAGGAGACUACCCAGGCAAGUGCAGAGGAACCUGAGCAGGAGGAGGAAGACCUAUACUAUGGGCUACCAGACAGCCCCGGGGACCCCCUCCCUGACAAAGAGUUGGGCUUCGAGCCUGAUGUCCAGGGCUGA